UGUCGCCCGCUUGUUGUCUUGCUUGUUGUAUUCAUUCCAUUUCCCUCACUCGGAUCCAACAUUUUUAUGACACGAUGGCAAGAAAAUAGUGAACUUUGACAAGAAAGUAUGCCAACAUAAUUUAUUGCCCGACAGCGAGGAUCAAAGACGUCUUGCUCGUCAUGACCACGUUACCCCUUGUGCAUUAUAAUAGUCGCCUCACGAUGCCUGCAGGGCCCAGAUUGGUUAUCUUGUUCCCAUGACCUGUUGUCCCAGUCCGGAAUUUCUGCAAGCGCUCAGGACUAAUUGAGACAAGCUCAAGCGUUGUAACAAAAUGAUAAUUGGCUUCCACUGGUCAUCGUCGGCGAUCGAACUGGAUGAAGUUACUAUCGUCACGAUUGUAAAACAUCUAGACUGCUAUGGCGGACGACUCACUCAUUGUACCCAUCCUGCUGGCUAACGGAUCUCUUCACCACCCCAGCGUGUCAUCUGAUGCACCUGCCCAGGACCUUAUCGAAGUGCUUAUUGCUCAGGAGGAAGUGAUAUCUAGUGUCCUGGGGGAGCUACAGGAUACUGGUUGGGCCCUGCAGUAUGUUCGUAGUCAACCGAAUGGUCGUAAGUGGGAAGAGGCGGAACUCGAUGCUCUCGGGGAUGGCAUCAUCGACCCGUCGACUCCCAUCGCGCCUUUGCUAGAACGAUCAAACUAUCCUGUGAUAGAUGCAUCUCAGAGGCACUUCUCCACAUUUCCUCUGACGUCCCAUUUGCAUUCCCCAGCACUACGCUUGGUUUCGUUACACUCGGCUCUCUCUUUGUCUCUCUCGUUUGCGCGUGUGCCCGAGAUUCAUGAUGGGUUUAUUUGGACAGUAUAUUAUGCUCGAAAUUCGACUGUGGAGGAUGUCAUUCGUUGUGUGGUCGAAGACUUGGGUCUUGCUAAGAGCUUGCCCAUGGCGGGGGGAGGUAACCUUGAAUAUAUCAUUCAGAAUGGCGCUUCGAGGAUUUUGUCCUCGUCAGUAUUGUCCGACUUCGUCCAGUCAUUCUUGGCAGAUUCCCGCCAGAAGCCUACACUGCGGUUCUGCGUACCAGAGGAAUGGUACCUUCGCCCACGAGCUCUUUUACCAUCCUCUGUACAGCCUUCCGAGGAUACCCUGAAGCGCUUUCAGGACAUGCAAGCGGAAUUGGAUGGUGCAGAGGGCACUGCAAAACAGAGGAAGUCUACGCUCGAUGCGCUGACGGCAAAUGCCAGCACCGCUCGACCAACUUCUCCAGAUUGGCGUGGUUCACUCACGAGUCUCUUUGCCUGGCAGCAGCCGACACCUCCGGCCUCGCCACCUUCGUCGUCAAAGAAGCGCAAGAGCGUGAGCGAUCCGGUCCUUGUCGAGCACCGGACUGGUGGAAGUAUCAUGUCAGUAACGCAAUCGAGUAUUCUAGAAGAUGAGAUACUGGAGAUCGAUCAAGCCGAGUUUGACCGUUGCCUCGACCACAUGGCAUUGAAAGGAGACGCAAGGGACAAGAUGUAUAUAUUACCAGCUGCUAAGAAACGGCAGAUCAUUGAACAGGCACGAGCUUUCCACUCGACAUUUGACGGAAAGGCUCCUCGGCCAUCCCAGUCCACACAAUCCACAUUGGGAGCUUCUGGCGGGGGAGCUUUUCUUCCUCGUCUGGUUCCCCAGCUAACAGGCGACUCCGGAAUACUGAAGCGCUUCUCAAUGGCGACUUGGGGUACAGGCGCCGCAGCGCCACCGGUUAUGUCCCCCAUUCUCAAUCGAUCUAGUGGUGAAGUUGAAAAAGUUACGGACACGAUGCAACCCCUGCAAACACAGACUACUAGCAGUAUGUUCGGCAACUGGUGGGCGUCUUCAGGUGGAGAGAAGAAUGCCGAAACAGAGAGUGCAAUAACUGUAAAGCGAUAUGUUGACGGCUUGCGCAGCAUGAAGGCGGAUCCUAGGCUUGUCAAGCAUCUUAUUUCCCUCCGAGUACAUCUGUCUACUGCAAAGUUACCUUGGAUCGAGGAAUUUAUCGCGCAAGAUGGCAUGGACGCAAUAGGUGGCGCGCUCGCAACACUCGUUGGCAAGGCCGGGAAGAGGACAGCCUUAGCGGACAUAGAAAGCACAGUACUGCUAGAGAUCAUCAAAUGCCUCAGGGUCCUCCUCAAUACUCAGGCCGGAUUUGACAGCGUUUUGUCGUCUCCCACAAUCAUUACUCAUAUAGCGUAUUCUUUUUACGGCGCCUCUCUCAAGACACGUAUGCUUGUUGCCGAACUUGUUGCCGCAAUCUGUGUACUCUCGCCCAAUCAGGGUCACAAGACCGUCAUAGCUGCAUUAUCAGAAUACCGCAUCGCCUAUGAUGAAGUGUACCGCUUCGAAUUUCUGGUCGCUGCUUUGCAUAUAUCAGACCAGAGUAACGAUCUUGCACCCAACGAUGCAUCAUUACAUGAUGAGGAUGGUAUAUGGGAGGCACGAACUGCUUUCAUGGCCCUCGUCAACACCCUCACUAACUGUCCUGAAUCCCUGGAAGACCGCAUUUUGUUGCGCGAAGAGUUUGGACGGCGUGGCUUAAAUGAAGUCAUAGUGACUCUCCGCUAUACGAAACCGCCAGACUCUCUACUGACUCAAUUGAAUCUUUAUAUGGAGGAGAAGUACGAUGAUGAAGAGGAUUUACGAGAGCGAACGCGAAACGCUGUGCGAGGAAGUGGGGGGCACGGAAGGGAGCGCUCUGAAUCCGACAUUUUCCUGGAUGACCUUCUGCAAAGCGCAAACAACAUAGGGCUCGGAUCUGUAUCAAUGAGUAUUUUGCAGCGCUUGUCUUCUAUCAUUAAGAGUGAUGCUGAAUUGAACAUCAAAGUUGAUCAACUAGCUAUAGUGGAUGCAUUUUUGGAUCAGAUCUUCACUGCAGAUGAUAUUGGCUUGGACUGCAUUCCUCUGAUUACAAGGUUUCUGGAUGCAAUACGGCCCAUUACUGGCCAAGAUAUAAGCAUAGAUGUCGUCGAUGGUGGGAUGAAGCGCGAGCUGGAAAGCCUUCGUGUCCAAAUAGAUGGUCUGACUCAGACGAACUCGGCACUCAAGACAAGGCUUGAACAACGCAUAGGAUCAAACCAGCAGAAGCCGAAUACUUCUAGCAAAGGGGGAAAUGAGAACAAACUUGUUCAACGGCUGAUGCAGAAGGAGAAAGAAGUUACCCAACUGCAGGCGGAACUUGAGCACUUGAACUCUCAAAUGUCGAACAAUGCACGCGAUGCUGAGGAGCAAGCAAGGAAAGAACACGAAAGGGCAAAGCUUCACUCUCUUCAUGAAGAAACGAAUAAAUUGCGGCUUCAGUUGAGUAAAAUGAGUGAUACUCUUUCCGCCAAAGACAAGGAGGUUGUGUACCUCAAACGCGCUCUUGAAUCAGUAUACUCACGCUUUCAAACGAGGCAAGAAGAAAGAACUUCCGACAUGGACGCCCAACUCAUUGCGAGCCGCACCAUCGAGAAUCUUGCCAAGCGAGACAAUGAACUAACAGCACUGAAAACGGAGGUUUCAAACCUUAGGCAGUUGUUGGCUGCGAAAUCGACAUCUAUGUCAGAAAUGGAGUUCAAGUCAAGGAACGCGCCUCCUCCGCCUCCAUCGCAAGGUUUUAAGUCCGGAGCGAUUUUUGUGCGAACGCCUGAAGAAACGGAUGCAAGCGCAGCAUCGAAUGUGACUGCUCCACCUCCACCUCCACCCCCUCCACCCCCACCCCCACUUCUUUCUUCAUUGGCUGUUCCGAACCAUAAGGAGACCCCUACUAUUGAGUUGAAGGACAUCAGUCAGGCAACUUUUCGCUUUCCCCCUCCCCCUCCCCCACCUCCACCUCCACCGCCCCCAUCAUUCCCUUCUUCGGCAUCCGCAUUUUCGCCACCUCCUCCUCCGCCUCCACCCCCACCCCCACUCGACGCUUUACUAGUUCAGUUGCCACCAAGACCCCCUGGAGUUCCGCCUCCACCGAGUGUAUCUGCAAUCAGGAUAGGAAACAAAGCAAAAGCCACUGGGCCGAGACUGAAGCCCUUUUUCUGGACCAAGAUCAAUAAUCAGAACUGCGGCACUACAGUAUGGGCAGAAUCGCCAAUCUCACUAGAUUUCAAGCUAGACGAUCUUGAAGCAACGUUCACAAUCGAUAUCGCACCAACCUCACAUUCCAAAGCCGAAAAUCCCACGCGGAAACAAAGUGUUACGACCCUUCUUGACAUUACUCGUGCUAAUAACAUCGGUUGGUUCAUCACAAUCGUCAGAAGGCGACUGACAACUUAUGUUCGCUAGCUAUCAUGCUUUCGCGUUUUAAGAUGACCCCUCUUGAAAUCGGUCAAGCUCUGCUAAGUCUCGAUGGCAAACUGUCCACCGAUGACUUGAAAGCCAUCAGCAAGCAGCUACCAUCUCCGGAAGAGGUCUGUUAUUAUUGACUCUUUUCGCUUCACUCUGACUCUCUGA